AUGAAAGUCAAAGUACUAGAAUGGAAAGGCUACUGUACAUGGCACUGGGAUCUAGCGUCAGCAUCAGGCUCUGAAAGUAAUGAACAAAGUUAUGUGGAAGAAUUAUGUGGAAUUUGUCGUGUUUCAUUUGAUGGAGCUUGUCCCAACUGUAAGUAUCCCGGUGAUGAAUGUCCAGUUAUUCUAGGUUCAGGAUGUACUCAUAACUUUCACCUUCAUUGCAUGUUGAAAUGGUUGGAACAAGAGUCAUCAAAGGGAUUAUGCCCAAUGUGUAGACAAAUAUUUACGUUCACACCAUUAAUUACACAGAAUGAGUCAGUAGACGAGUACGUUAAUCUUAAAACAUUAAUAGACGGACAUAAAGUAAUGAGAGAAAGAGUUCUGGAGAAUAGUGAAUUUGAAAGUGAUGGCCAAUUUAAUUAA